UAAGUUUGUCUAUUGUAACGUUGAAGUUCGGCGCGGAAAGAUAUUUUUUAUUGAGAAAACUGGUUAUUUAAAGUGUAAAGUUAUUUAAUCUUGAAAUAAGUGAAAUAUUCCAAACAAAUUAACUGAAUCAAUUUGAAACAAACAACGAAUCUGUUUACUAAUCUAAGUUAAAGUUGAAGUUAACACACAUUAAAAGAAUUUACUUUUGAUGAAAAUAUUGAUUUUUCAAUUUUCUUGCAUCAAUUAAAAGAAAAUUUUUAAGUUAUUAUAUAAAUUAAAGAUAAAGCGUCAAUAAGAUUUCAUAUAACUUAAAGAAUAAAAGUAAAGUUUUGUACUAAUUGCAUUUUUCUUUGAAGAGAACUAAAAGAACAAACACACAAAGAAAAAGUAAAAGAAAAAGAAAAGAUAUCUCGAAAGUUCUUAAGGAAGUGCAGAGCACAACCCACUCAAAUUGUCAGGAUAAGUACAAAUUGUGGUACACACAUAUAUACCAUAUAUUCAUCAUUAUUAGUUGAGAAAUAAGAAACAACGUCCACAUGCCACAGUCAGAGGGCGGUUAUAAUUUACUGGAUAAUGCCACUACAAAUGGCCAUGAUGCAGCCAUUUACCAGUCGACCACAGAGCCGACUGGACCACAAUCAGUAUUUGAGUCAGUGAAACGUUAUAUUGGCAUUUCAGGCGGCUCAAACGGUGCACAGGACACCGAUGAUUUGGUUACAGAUGGGCGUCAGGCAAUUAUCGUAGGAGCCAGAGACCGGGACAAAAUCGGUAAGACACUGAACACGAAGAUGCCAUCAGCACCAACACACACUGCCGAGGAGGCACGUCUACUUGGCACCAUGCCAGUUGAUCCAAUGGAUGAUAUAGAAUUGCGUUCAGUUCAGUUGCAAUUCCCAAAUGCACGUGGUUCAAUUAUUGACGCUUGUGAUCAGCGACGUAUACCAUCAGAUAAAGGGGAUAUACUUGUUGCUAUACAAGGCGAUACAUCGAAACCAGCUAUAGUAACUUAUCAUGAUUUAGGCUUAAAUUAUGCCACUAGUUUUGCGGGUUUCUUUAAUUAUCCAGUUAUGCGUGGUUUGUUAGAGAACUUUUGCGUUUAUCAUGUUACCGCUCCUGGACAAGAAGAAGGUGCACCAACUUUACCCGAAGAUUAUGUUUACCCUACAAUGGAUGAAUUGGCAUCACAGCUACUAUUUGUGUUGUCACACUUUGGACUGAAGUCUGUUAUUGGACUUGGUGUUGGUGCUGGUGCUAAUAUAUUGGCUCGCUUUGCAUUGGCUCAUCCAGAUAAAAUUGGGGCACUAUGCCUUAUUAAUUGUGUAUCAACACAGUCUGGCUGGAUAGAGUGGGGUUACCAAAGUUUUAAUGCGCGUUUCUUGCGUACCAAAGGCAUGACACAAGGAGUUAUAGACUAUUUAAUGUGGCACCAUUUUGGUCGUAAUCCCGAAGAACGUAAUCAUGAUUUGGUACAAAUGUAUAAACAACAUUUUGAACGUGGUGUGAAUCCAACCAAUUUAGCCAUGUUUAUUAAUUCUUAUAUACAUCGAAAUGAUUUAAAUAUUGCACGUACACCACCUGGUACUCCAGGAACACAACCAUCAACAGCAACACUUAAAAUGCCAGUUAUUAAUAUAACAGGUGCUUUAUCGCCACAUGUUGAUGAUACGGUUACUCUAAAUGGACGACUUGAUCCUACAAACUCUUCCUGGAUGAAGAUAUCUGAUUGUGCAAUGGUUUUAGAGGAACAACCAGAUAAAUUAGCCGAGGCCUUCCGUCUUUUCCUGCAGGGUGAAGGCUACGCUGUUGGUUCACUACAAAAGUUGGGACGCAAAUUUUCAACAGCAAGCCAGAGCAGCUCCAAUCACAUUGAGUUGAGAGUACAAUGAAUCAUUUAAAUGGGCUGCAGCUCCACCUUAAAUUAUAAAUCGCUUAGCUUUAAACGCAUUUUUGCAAUAAUUGAUUUAUUAUAUGAUAUAUUCUUUUUUAUUAUUAUUAUUUUUUUGUUUUACCAAAACAUAAUCAUAAUGUUGUUGUAAUUUAUAUGUAUUAAAUUAUUUAAGCAUUAUUAUUGUAUUUUUACAUUGACUGUAAAAAAUAAUUGCAUAUAUUUUAUACAUAUAUACACAGUUUUCAUACGUACAUUUAUUAAAAUUAAAAAUUGUGCAUAAAAAUUGCAACAAUUUGCAUCGCACUCAGUUCAUUCAUUAAACUAUUUUACGUUCUUGUAUGGAGUAUGAAUGGCUUUAUUGAAAAAAAAACAAAAAAAAUUAAUUUUAAAUAUUGAGAUUUUGGCUUUAUUAAAAUUAAAAAAAGAAAUAUAUGUUAGACUUUCUACAAUUUGAAAUAUUUAAUUUUAGGUAUUAUUAUUAAUUGUUAUUUGUAUACAAAAUAUCUUACAAAUUUUAUAUAAAAUCGAUCAAAUAAAUAUUGAGGAGAUAUUGUUUGUAUGUAAGUUAUUUCACAGAGUUAUGCAUUUUAAGCUGUUCUUUAACACAUACUAAGAAUUGAGUUAUAAUGAAAUUAUAUAAUUAAUAAAAACAAUCAUAAAUUUACAAAAAAUGAA